ACCCCAGCCGGCCCCCCUCUGACGACGCCUGUCCCUUACGCGACUGCCUUGCUGCCAUAUAAGAGGGACCGCGCUCGGCCUCCAGCAGUCGGCUUUCUGCUGGGCUCGGAGCCAGAACCUGCUGCGUGCUCCCUCCAGACUCCCUGGCUGCGGCUGGACUACCUCAGAGCUACAGCGGUGAGGUGAACCUGUGGACACCUCCAACUCCUCGGGCCUCUCUUCGUCGAAGAGUCUCUUAAUUUUCAGAUCUCCGGAGCCAGCUGUAGGAAGAUCAGCCCCUCCCGCAGAUUGCUCAUGGAGGAGCCAAGGCCUUCGAAGCGACUUCGCUCCACGGCCCCUAAUCAAGCCUCAGGUGGGCCUCCUCCAGAGCCAGGCUGCUGUGUUGCGGACCCUGAAGACUCCGUGGAAGCAGAUGGGCCCGCACAGCCAGCCCAACCCGCAAAACCCAUCGCUUACGUGACACCCUUCAGAUGGCAGACCCCGGCUCGCACAGAGUCACCCCGUCCUGCAGAGAGAGGCCGGCGCCGGGGAGGAAGCCGGCGGCCAGGGCGAGGCCGUGGCAGAAGGGCUGGGCCCCGCGGGGACGCUGGCCAGAGACAGGGGGCAGAACGCUUGACGGGACCGGACGUGCACAUCCAACUGGACCACCAUGGAGAGCCAGGCCACCAGGGGGAACCGGAAAUCACGGAGACCGCAGCCUUCUCUCUUUCUGAAACUGGUCCUCUGCCUGGAACUGUGCAGGGAGGCCCUGGCCCCGACGUGGCGCAACCUGAGCUGGGGUUUCAGGAGCCGCCCACUGCUCCUGGGCCUCAGGCUGUUGCCUGGCAACCCGUGUUGACCCUCUAUCCCUGCAUCGGGUUUAGGGCUCUGGGUGACUCAGCUGUUUUACAAGUCAUUCAAACCCCCCACGGCACCUAUGUGCAAGGGGUCCCAGUGUUCCUCACCCACAUUGCAUAUUGACCACUGUCUGCCACCCACGUUGUUCCCAGCCUCCCUUUCUUCCACCUGGACGUUCCCCCCAGCCCCAGUUCUGCUCCACUCCUCCCCCGACUGGACCUGAAGCCUGAGCUUCCCCUGAACUUAGAGUACACAACUUACAAUAUGCAAGCUGCUAAACCCCCUUUCUGUACAAGGCGAUUGGAAUGGAACUGUCAUGUACAGUGAAAGUACACGUCACGUUUUUCAGCCAAGAAAAACCCAACCCAGACAACCUGGAAGAAGUGGGAUGCAGCAACGAUCAGGAAGCAUGGAAAUUAGGAAACUGUAUUCUUAAGUCCAGAGAAGUACGAUUCUGGAAAAAGGAUUGAUGACCUAGAAUGAAAAUUCCAGAAGACACUCAUAUAGACAUGUGCGGCAUGCGAAAAUUCAGAAGGAGCUAGAAGUUACUAAAGUUCUUGUCUAGUGCCUGGAGACGAUAGAGUGGCUGAAUAUAAGAGCAAUAAAACUCUAGACUGACACAUUUUUAAGUCUCAAUGUAGGUACCCUUUGGGAACCACUAAGUGAAUUGGAAUAGAAGGUAAAAUUUCAAACCGAUUGAGGACAAAGGGGAUCAAAGGACAUUUGAUGAAUCAGGCAAAAGGUGUUGGGGUGGGGGGGGUUAACGGAAACAAGGAGAGUGCGUGACUCACUGGAACCGCUAAAUGAGGAAUCAGUAAUUUGACGGCAGUGUCCUUGGCUUCCUCCUGGCUUCAAUGGGAAUAUUUUAAAUGUUUCACCAUUAACCAAGUCGUUUGCUGUAACUUUCUCAUAGAUGUUUAAGUUGAGUUAGUUCCCAUCUUUUCAGAGUUUGAUAAAUGUUGCGUUACGAACUGUUGUAUUUUGUAUUAUAUUAAGUGGGCUCUUAUUGGCUGGUUUUCACUCCUUUGUAAACGUCCAAAUAAAAUACAGACAACUUUUUACAUC